AUGCCUCAUGAGUGGGUUCCCAGGCCGAGGGUCCGAGUGGGGAACUGGAGAGAGGAGCUCACUCUGGAGGAGGAGGCUCUGAGAGAGUUUCUGGAGCAGAAGAACAGAGGAGAGCUCACUAUCCAGAAGACCGGUGUCCUGAGACAGAACCUCCUCCAGCCUGUGACUCUUUCCGUCUCCCCGGAUGGAUUUCUGCGUUUCGGAGACACCAUCAUGCUGCUAAACACGAGAGGAUCGGAGCACGGCCCGUGUGACCCCUGCGCCCUCAGCAUCAUUGCUGACCUCAGUAACAUCGCAUCACAUCUGGAAACAAAUUCCAAGCCGUAUCUACAGGGUCCAUGCCAGGUGGGCGGAGCCUCCAGCCUCCAGCCAUGUGUAAGGAACGCCUUCAUCAUCACCAGUGUGGAUGAAACUGCAGAUGGAGAGAUUCUCAGAUACGAGCAAAACUUCACUCUCAGGACGACUGCAGGCUUUGGUGGAGAGCUUUAUCUGGCCAGUGACCACAGAACCUUCCAGAAGUGCGCUCAGAAAUCCCGGCUACAGGAAGUGAGCUUAGUGGAGCAGCUGGACUUCCUGUGUUGGUGGAGGCUUGUUUAUGUUGAUCCACAGGAACGACUCGAACAUGAAGGCUUCCCCGUACAGGUGAGCUCUAAGUUGCUGCUGUCUCACUGUAAAACCAACCGGUGUCUCGCUGCUCUGCCUGAACACACACUCUGGACUGUGUUUGGGAAAGAGUCUGAGAUCACAGCUCACACUUUCCUGGACUCCCAUAAGGCUGAGCAGAAACGGAAUCACUGGAUGUUCAUGACGGCGGAUCCGAGAGAACAGGAACCGAGUGCACAGCGACCUCAGCCCGAGUCCAACGUCACCGAUAAGAACCAGUCAGAAACACAAACACACACACAGACAGAAAACUGA